UGUCCGCGCUCGUGCGGGGCCCGUCCGUGACGAUCCAGCGGCAGUGUUAGCUAAUGGCGGCUUCGGUGUUGCUCUCCGCGGAAAGCCCCGUGCCAUCGUUUACAGUCGGCCACCACGCCGGAGCUGCGGCGGCGGGAGCUGCUCAUCACGGAAUAUCCAUCGCUCCCGGAGCCGCAUCCUGGAGCCGCUCGCUGGACCGGGCGCUGGACGAGGCGGCGGCCACCGGAGCACUCACCCUCAGCGGCAGGAAGCUGAAGGAGUUCCCGCGGAGCGCCUCCGGACACGACCUCACCGACACCACACGCGCCGAUCUAUCACGAAACAGACUGACAGAGCUGCCGGUGGAGGUGUGCAUGUUUGUGUCGCUGGAGAGUUUGAACCUGUACCAGAACUGUCUGCGUUCACUACCAGAGAGUCUGAUAAACCUGCAGUCGCUCACCUACCUAAACAUCAGUCGGAACCAGUUUUCCACUCUCCCCGCUCAUGUGUGCCGUCUGCCGCUCAAAGUCUUGAUCGCCUGCAAUAACAAGCUGGUCUCGCUGCCGGAGGAUCUGGGCAGACUCAGACAGCUCACAGAACUGGACGUCAGCUGUAAUGAGAUCCAGACGCUUCCUCCACAGAUCGGUCAGCUGGACGCUCUGCGUGACCUCAACAUCCGCAGAAACCACCUCGUUCGCCUGCCUCCAGAGUUGGCUGAGCUGCCGUUGGUCCGGCUUGAUUUUUCCUGUAACAAGAUAACGACAAUCCCAGUAUGCUUCCGCAAUCUCAGACACCUCCAGAGCAUCAUUCUGGACAACAAUCCUCUCCAGAGCCCACCUGCACAGAUCUGUAUAAAGGGAAAGAUUCAUAUAUUUAAAUAUCUGAAUAUGGAUGCAUGUAAAGCAGCAUCAGACCUUCCAGACUACGACAGAAGACCAGUGCCUUUCGGAUCCUGUGCAGAGGAUUUGUAUUCUGGCCGACCGUACGGCGCUCUGGACUCCGGCUUCAACAGUGUGGACAGCGGAGACAAACGGUGGUCUGGAAAUGAGCCUUCAGACGAGUUGUCAGACUUGUCGUUGAGAGUGACGGAAAUCACCAGAGAGCAAAAACAGAGACGAGAUCGAGAAAGAGAGUGUGAGGAUCAUCGGACAGUGUCUCACAUGACCAAUGGCACAUUGGAAGCAGAGCUUGAACAGAUAGACUUCAUUGACAGCUGUACAGGGGAUGAUGAGGAGGAGGAUGGGCGGAGCCGUAAAGGGGCGGAGCCUGUCAGCCUCAGCUCACAGUUCAUGGCCUACAUUGAAAGACGGAUCACUAGAGAGGGUUCACCCGUGAAGACCAGCCCGUCCAGAGACUUCAGAACUGAUGAUCCCAGACGCCAAACCUCCUUACAAAACCGUGGUGGGUCAGAACCAGCGGUCACAUCUUCAUACGCUCAUAAUCAGCGCUCCGCUGGUGCGGCGUCGUGUUCUGGCGUCGGUGUGGAGAGAGUGAGACGGGAAGCUCAGCUGGCGGCUCUGCGGUACGAGGAGGAGAGACACAAAACAAGAUUAGUGCAAAGAGACGGCGUCAUGAACUACGUCAAGCACAAGUCGUCUCCGAGCCCUACGACACUCAGUCCGACAGACAGUGAGACUCUGUACCCCUCCAGACGGUCCACUCACACAGAUGACUCCGCCCUCUUCCUGCAAGGGGAAGAUUAUGGCUCGCUGUCUCCCUCCGCCCUCCAAACCCUGACGUACCCCAUCCAGAGACCUGAGAGUUAUCUUUUCCGCCUCGGACAGAGAGAGGAGAAGAAAAAAGGAGAAUCAGGCACACAGAAGGCGGAGCCAGAGGAAGCCACGCCCACACAUAGCCCCACCCCCAGGGGAGAGGAGGCAAUACUAAUAGAGCAGCUGAGAAGGAACAUCGAGUGUCGACUCAAGGUGUCUUUACCCAGUGAUCUUGGGGCAGCUUUGACUGACGGGGUGGUCUUGUGCCAUCUGGCCAAUCACGUGCGUCCCCGAUCCAUACCGAGCAUCCAUGUGCCCUCGCCAGCAGUGCCUAAACUGACGAUGGCCAAGUGUCGACGAAAUGUGGAGAACUUCCUCGAGGCCUGCCGCAGAAUUGGAGUUCCUCAGAACCAGCUGUGUCUCCCGCUGCACAUCCUGGAAGAGCGAGGUGUGUCUCAGGUGGCCGGGACGGUCCGUGCGCUCCUGGAUCUGGCUCCUCCGAAACACACGGCGUCCCCGAGCACGACCCCCACCAGCCCCAGCUCCACCUCUCCACUCGCUCUGUAGACAUCUCAUCCCUGCAGGACCACAGAUCUCUGAGACUCCUUUCUGUUCUCGAGCGCCUCACGAACGGUUCUGUAAGGGUAACACACACACACACUCCCUGCUCUGUGAACACACACACUCUUCAGACCCCGACCAGCCUCAGACAACAGAGAAGAGACGACUGACCAACACACGUGUCCACAGACUGCUUUGAAACUAGAUUUCAUUUUAACAGCUAGUUUAACACCUUAAUAUCUCUAUUAUGGGUGGUGUUUAUUCUUAUUUUGUAAUAUUAUUAUUAUUAUUAUUAUUAUUAUUAUUAUUAUUGAGUUGGCCAAAACUACCCAAGCUUGUGUAUCCGAGAGUUACAUUGGCUGGUGUUUUAAUCUCACAAAACCUGCCGGUCACAUUUCAACCUGAAAUAAAGUUAAGAUAUUAUACUUGCAGAAAUUGAAACACAUUUUUAGGGCCUUUAAGAUUUUUGUGACAUUAUUUUCAUGACGUGAGAAACAUGCUCUCAUUGCAAAAAACAAAAUAAAUUAUCACAAUGCAGAAAUGUAACGCAAAGUAAAUUCUGCAUUACUUGUAUAUAUAUAUAUAUAUAAAUGCAGAAUUUACUUUGCAUUAUAAAUGUAGUUUUUUGCAUUAUAUAAAGUAUUGAAACACAUUUGGUUUUUGUGAAAAUUUUCAUGACAUGCAAAUCAGAUUCCCAUCAUCACGAUGCAAACUUACAAUGAUAUAUUAUUUAAAUUGUAAAGUAUUUAAAUGUAUUAAAUUAGCUAUUGUACAUUUGUACAUUUCAUUCGUAUCGCUGUAACUAUUGAUUAAUGAGAAUUGCAAAAAAAAUUACCAUAAAUUAUCCAAAUGCAUCAUACUAAUAAGCAUUAUUUUUCAUGAAAAUGAUGUCAUAAUGCAAAAAAAUAGAUAGCAGCAGGUCACUGACUGAAAGACACUAAUUCACACUAAUUCUGUCACGAGUCGAGUUUUAGUGUGGAGCCACAGGGGACACUUUAAGUGAAGAAAACUUCAAACUUUAAGAGCUACCUUGUAAAACUGAGAGGUAUUUUAGUGCUAGAACGAGGUUUAACACAAUAUAAUGGGCACAAUAAAACUAAAUCUGAUAUAUGUAAAGAUGUUUGAAACAGUAAAUGAAUGAAACACUUAUUCUAGUUUAACAGCCUUGGAGCUGAUUUCUGUUGCUGUCAUGGGUUUAUAUGUAACUGGUCUUGCAUGCAAGGGAUUCUGGGUGUUGGGAGUUUGGACUGAAAUGGGACGGCAGUGUAAAAAUGUUUUUUUUUUUGUAUUUAACUUUUUUAUUCAGAUUGGUAUGUGACCACCAUUGCAUGGCUUUGCUUAUGAUUUGUCUACCAAUACAACACACAUCUAAUCCAUUGUUUAGAGGGGUGUGUGUGUGUGUGUGUGUGUGUGUGUGUGUGUGUGUGUGUGUGUGUGUGAGCCUGAGAAGCACAGAUGUCUUUCCAGAGACAGUUCCACACAGUUACUGAAAGCAUGACCAGGUCAUUUCACAAAUGUGUAUAUAUAUAUUUAUAUAUAUAUUAAUUUUUCAUAACAAUUAAGCACAUGUUUACUAUAGAAUCAUAUAUUAUUUACAUAAUGACAAUUUUAAAACAAGUUUAGUUAAUUGCAUUAUAAUGUGGUGAGAAAAUAUUUUAUUAUUUAAUUUUUUGGCAUUAUUAAUGCUGUUUUUUUUAUUAAAAUAAAAGAUAAUACGUUUUUCAUUAUAAUGGCAACAAUUUUUUUAUUUUUACAUUUUCUCUGCAUUAUAAUGCUAAGAAAAAUAUUAUUUAAAAUAAAAAAACAUUUGAAAACAUUUAUUUUAAAUAACCGUCUUUGCAUAAUAAAUAUAUAGUAAGGUAAAAAAAAACAUGUUUUAAACAGAGCUAGUCUUUGUUUGAAUCAAGACCUCUCCACGUGUAUAACGCAAAGAAAAUAAACAUGUUUUUAAAUGUUAUUUUUUUACUUUUUUAUAUUAGUAUUUAAUAUUAGGUCUUAUUAGGUCUUAUUUUUCAUAAUAUUUUCUUCAUCAUAUAAUAUUUUGUAUCAAUUGUAAAACCUGUUGCAAAAAUGUGCUUAUUUAUUAUGAUAAAAAAAAUAAAAUGGCCUACUUUUUCUUAAUGCAAAAUAUUCUUUUUAAAUGUUUCUAAUUUUUAUGUUGAAGCGUGACCUGGAUAUGUUUUCAUGAGAUUCACCCGAAGAUUCAUGAAGAUAAAGCAGCUUUUAUCAAACUUCCUCAUCUGUAAUAUGACAAAAACUCAUUAAAGUUAGAGUCAUUAAAGUUUCUAUUUUAACUUGCUUUUUUAGAGACUGAUGAGUUUUUAUAAGGGAAGUUCCAAGCGGAUUAUUGCGAAAGGUUUUGUAUAGUUGUUCUAGAGUGUUUUUCUCUUUCUCACAGAUCAUGUGGUUUCUUCUGCAGGGUUUGUCUCUGCGUGUCUGUACAGUAAAUAAAUACAUUCCAUACGUUUACAAGUAUGAACCACGAGCACCUCCUGUGUGCUUCACACGUUUGCCCGGACAUGAGCUGCGUAUUUUCACUGCCGUUUAGUUUCUGAACACUUCUCCCUGCAGAACAUUUUGUAAAGUUUUUACUUUUGGAAUAAAGAUGGUCUGAACAUUUGGAUUUGUGAAACACGUGAAUAAAAAAAGUUCCCAUUUG